UUUUCGCUCUACAAUUGAAGAGAAAUUCAAAAUUUUUAUUUGUAUCCUGAAGACGUAGCAAUUUUUUAAUAGAAGUAUAUUUAAACAUGGAGUACCCAAUAUAUGAACAAAAUUACUACGCUCAAAACAAUAUGCGGACUUUACUUCUGAUUGUUGUUCCUCAACAUAGGGCGAUCACGAAGCAGACCAUAAUCAAAAGAAUAGCCAUUGCCUUAGGAGUUCAUAGGGGUCUUGUGAAACAUCAUAUUGAUGAAGCUCUUAAAUGGGCAAUUGAAUCCAAAAAAAUUGAAAUGAUUCAUGAAAAAUUCAUGAGGACACGAUUUCUUGAUCUAUGGCCUAUUGCAAGAAAAAAGGAUGCCCAAACACAAACGGAUUCCAUCUGUUCAUUUGUUCAAAAGGAACGUACUGUGAGCUGUGAAAAGUAUAUGCGUUGCCCUCAUUGUUCUCACAAGAUCCGCUUAAAUCAGUUAUGGAGUGACUUAUUUAUGAAAAAAAGUUAUUCGCGAUAUAGUGUCAAAGCCUCGAAGAAAAAAUUAUGCAAGCAUUGUUUAAAAAAACAAUGUAGAAGAAACCGUUAUCAUUCCUAAUCCGAGUCUGGUUUCGUUAUUUUUUUCAUCUGCAGAAAUAUAUAUUUAUGGUACUGCAAAAAAAGUUGGUUAAGAAAAAACGGUGUGAGCUAUUAUAUAGUAGGACUAGACACUAUAACACCCAUCAACGCCGAUGCAUGAAGAAACAAAACUGUGGUAAUGUCUAAUGAAUAGUGAUGAAAAUAAAAACAAAAUGAUCAAACCUUGAGGCGCACGAUCAUGGAUCCAAUAACGUAAAGUUUGUUGGAGUAUUUUUAUAAACUUAAGUAUAAACAUGAACAGUUUUCAGGUUUUUAAGUCAAACACAAAUAUUUUUGGCAAAUAAAUUUUUUUUA